GAAAAACAUUCGGCUGGUGCACGAUAUACCAAGCGAAUAGCAAGUCUCGAGUUGCGUCACAAAGAACUCAACAAUGAUCGUUAUCUCUUACACAAUAACAAAAUAACCCUCACACAAUAGAACGAGACAAUAGUGCAUAUAUUGACUUGUCAUAUCGAGCAUCAUCCAAACAUUCGCUCAUUUGUUUAAUAACCACGUUUAACUGAGUCUGGAUUUCUAAUUUCUUUCUAGUAGCAACAACCGGCCUGGGUAACAGCAAGUCAGCUGACAAUUGGAUAAUCGCGAUUGCGAUUUUAACGUCUGGAGUUGGCCUUGUUUUGAUCGUGUUUACGGCGUAUCACUUUAUUAACAAAAAGUUUGGCACAGGAUACCGCGCGUGUAAACGUAAGAUGACAUCCAAUCAUUUAUCAAGCAAAGGAAAUCUCCAAAAAGGGCUUUGUCACGAGGAUACUUGGCUGAGAUCAUUACUUAAUGUCUCACAAAAUGCUAAGAAGAAGAUUCCACUCAAAUUUUAUCAGGGAGCACUAACCAUAACAUUUUUUGGCGAUUUUUAGCGACUUUCCGCGCUUAGCACUGAAAAGUAUAAGCGCUAUAUAAAUAUUUUAUUAUUUAUUAUUUAUUAUUAUUUUUGUGGGCAGAGCUUCAAAACUUAAAAAUGUUGGUUUUAACUGUUUAAGCUUUCAAUCCAUUUCCAUCCUUGCCAUCCCUUUCAACAGAAGACAAGAAAAAAAAUUUAAUGCCUAAAUUACAUAAUUCUAUAAACAUAUUACAUAUUCCUAUUACAUAUUCCUAUAAAUGCUAAAUUACCUAAAUUACACAUAUAUAAGGCUACCAUACCAGGGGCACCCAACGACGGUUUUCUGUAAACUAGCUGUUCGGAGAAGCAAAUAUUGCCUAGAAUUUUUUACUACUUGAGGACGACUAAAAAUUUCGAGAUUACCGUUCCAUUCAUGUACAAUUUUCGAAGCAUAUCGUAUAAAUUCCCUACAAUUUUCCGACGCUUAAUUUUCACAUUUUACUUCCCGAGUUAGGCUUUUUUUUGUAGGAAAAAGGGAGCCUAAAAUUUUCGGAUUCAAAUUUUUGGCGUUGAGAAUCAGAAAACGUCUCACUUUCGUUAUACGCCAAAUUUCACCUAAAAUUUUCAGAAAAAUAACCCUCACGCCCCUGUAGUUUCAGAAAGACUCAAGUUCCCCUAGAAUGACCGAACAGAUACAAAGUUUAUAGUGCCGCUUAGAAUGCAUUUCUAGAUAGCUUAAAGUACUCUGGAUAGCCUAAAAAGUGUUUUCAAUGUAUUUAGGGGGAAACCAUCAUUGGGUGCCCGUGCCAUAUUACCUAAACCAACACUAUCACACUAUAUGGCACUUUUGCAGGAAAUGAGACGAGAGAAAAUUAUAAAAGCUUCAGGAAAGGGCACACCGUAUUUUGUUCAAUAGCUAGUAACUCGUUUACUUAUAAUGAACUGUGAAGGAAAUCCAAUCUCAGCAUAUCUCAUAACAGGCGACUGCAUGAUAUUUCAAUAACUAUUUUCAAAUAUCACACAGGUCUAUUGCCUACAUAUUUGUAACUAAGUUCCUGAAGUACAAUUUAAGAACUGAGAAUAAUAUCCAGAAUUUCAACACUGUUAGAUAUAGUAAACAUUCGAUGAGACAUUUCGGACCAAACCUACGGUCUAGACUUCCGAAAGAAAUUAGAAAUAUCUCAUCGUUUAGAUCUAGAAUUAGAAAAACAAAGAUAGCGGAACUGGUUACUAAUUCUAACUCUCAGAACUGCUAUUUAUGCCACUCUUAAGUUACUUUUGUGCUUGUAUUCUUAUGUAUAGCGAUACAUUCUUAUCACACAUUUUGUACAUCUGAUUUACACCACUAUAUUUAUAAUCUUACAGUGGAGAGUAUCACAAAAACUGCUUAGUAGGCCUGUGUAUUGUGAAAUAAAUGAUCAAUGAUAGUCACCAAACCAAGAUACCCGAUUUCCCAGGGUCAUCUAAGUCCCCUGUUCAGUAUUUAAUAACUAUAUGAUAUAUAUCUCAAAUUGUUUUAAGGCGAAUCGUGAGGAGGAAUCCUAGUAACUGGAGCGUAUAUAUAUGUAGGAAGUGCUAACAGUGGAAAUAUGCAGUCAGUAUGUCGGAAAAAAAACUCGAUGUGUUAAAAAAACACAUAAUAAUAUAUAAUAAACAAUAAACAAUUGUUUUGUGUUUGUUUGCUUCGCAGAUGACUUUGAAAUAGGAGUUAUGAGCAAUCAGCUUUUCGUCAGCUAUAGCUCCAAAGAUAUGGCCUGGAUCAAUGAAAAUCUGAUCCCCAUUCUCGAAAAGCACUCCGUAUCCUACAGCAUUCACACCCGAGACUUUGAGUUGGGACUGCCUAUCGUCCAAAACAUGGCAGACAGCGUCUACGGCAGCCGCAAAGUUCUGAUUGUCUUGUCCGACAACUAUUUCGCCAGCAACUUCUGUCGAGAAGAGCUGCACAUGGCCGUCCAAAGGGAGGCGGACAGCCGAGAUUCUUCGCUUAUUCUUGUGGCGAUUGACAAGUUGAAGAAAAAGAAGUUGCCUGGUGCUUUGAGAAACAUGCAUUUGCUUGACUUUGCGAAGCUUAAGAUAAAACAGGAUUGGGAGAAAAAGUUGUUAAAUGUGGUAGCAGGCCCAGGGGCCAAAGUUGCUUAA